UCCUGUAAAGCUGAAGGGUGGGACAGGCGGAAGCUGGGUCCUACCGUGCUACUGUUUUCCUCUCGCUGAGCAGUUGGACUGAUAUUUAUCACUCAACAUGCCGGCGUAUCACUCGAGCCUGAUGGUCCCCGAUACCAGGAUGGUGGGGAACAUGGCUUUGCUUCCUCUUAAAACCCAGUUCAAGGGACCUGCUCGAGGAGACGGUAUCGAGUCGGACAUCAUCGAUGAGGCCAUCUACUACUUCAAGGCCAAUGUUUUCUUUAAGAACUAUGAAAUCAAGAAUGAGGCAGACAGGACGCUGAUCUACGUCACGCUGUACAUUUCUGAAUGCCUGAAGAGGCUACAGAAGUGCAGCUCCAGGAGCCAGGGAGAGAAGGAGAUGUACACUCUGGGCAUCACUAACUUCCCCAUUCCUGGAGAACCUGGCUUCCCUCUCAAUGCUAUGUAUGUCAAACCUGCAAACAAGCAAGAGGACGAGACGAUGAGGGCGUACCUCCAGCAGAUCCGCCAGGAGACCGGCUUGAGACUAUGUGAUCGCGUGUUUGAUCCCCAGACAGACAAACCCAGCAAGUGGUGGGUGUGCUUUGUCAAAAGGCAGUUCAUGAAUAAAAGUCUGUCAGCUCCUGGACAGUAAAUGACUCAGGACUCCGUUUCUACUCUACACCUGCAAGAUCGAUGGAGUUUUCUUUUGAGUGUGGAUGGGUCUGCUCCUUUGUUGUUGCUAAAAUGAUUUUAUAAUCUGAGUAAGAAUAUAUCUUGUUUGGAUGUUGACCAUAUUGAGCUGGUGCUUAAUUCAAUAAAGCAAUCAUGGAUAUUGGAAAA